AUGACCUACAUUUCUUCCACACCAUUCUUGGACACCGCUUUCGACCUCACCACCUUAUCCUUCAUCACCGUCCUCCUCGUCGUCUGUGUUUUGUCCCUCUGCUUCGUCUUCUACCUCCGAUUCAAAUCCCGCUCUUCCCACCAUUUGCAAAGCUUCAACUCUCUUUGGACCGUCCGCUUCCUCCUCGUCCUCUUCAUCACCCUUUGGGCCCUCAACGAGCUUCUUCGAAUCCCCACCUUUCGCCGCCGAUAUCUCCACGAUAUCUGGCCGUCAUUGAACCGAGACCAAGAAUCCACCCUCUGCAAAGUCAACGUUGUCCUUUCUUUGGGGCUCUUCGAGCCUGCUUUUUUGGUAACCCUGCUUUUCCUCGUAGACGUGUCGAUCAAGAAACAGACUCCGAGGAGUCUUUGGGCUAUCGGUUACAUUUUGUCCAUGUGCGUCCCCAUUUUGUGCUUCCAAUCCAUCCUGGUUUUCUCCCGUUACGAUCUCGGCGGAUAUUGGCCUCACUACUUCCGCAGAAGCUACGUGAUCCUUUCCAAAGGCCGGUUUGGAGGAGACGAAUCCGUGCUUUGCUCGUACCCGUUGUUGAGCACCAUUGUUUUCGGUGCUUUCGGCAUCGGCUACUCGUUUUGGUUCUUGUUGUCUUGCUGGAAGGUCGUUUCCAUGGUGAUCAAUAAGGCCUUGAGAGUUCGGAUUUAUGGGCUCGCCACCGCGGUUUUGACUUCCGUGCCGGCUCAGAUUGCUUUCUUGGGGUUGUCCGUGGUGUGGGACCCGAAUGAAGCCUUGUAUGGCGUCAUGGCUAUGCUUGUUUUUCUCAGCACAUUCGUUUGCGCCAUGGUGGGACAGGGUAUUUUGGUAAUUAGACCGAUUGCCGACUCGUUAGCCGCCGGAGCUGACUUCAGUAGUCGGUGUAAUUCAGAAGGAGGGAGGAGACGGGUGAAUGCUUGA